ACCGGACAUCCAAUCGAGCCAGCCUUACUUAGGUUUCUGUGUUUACUCCUUCACAGUCGUGUUCGUGUUUCCAUCAGGAACAUGAUUUAUUAAUGACUGUAGACGUUUGAUUCAUCCAGAUGCAUCAGUUUGAGGAAGUAAACUGCGGACACCACGUGGAUGAGAGAGUACUUCCUGUUUCAGAAGGAGCGUGGAGUCGAUUGAAGCGCUGCUAGUUUGGUGACUUCCUGGUUAUCACUUGAAUCAGUUCAAUGUGAAUGACUGGAGUUAAAUAGUUCAAUGGCAGCAAUGGAUUACAUAAAAAUCAUCUCAGAGGUUGUAAAAGACAUUGUUCCUGUCAUCACCUGCGGUGUUUUCACUCUGGCUCUGGCAUCAUGUGUUUUAUUCUGUAUCCAAACAUACUUGAGCUUAACUCAGGGUUUCCUCAGUGUUGGAGCCGCUGUUUUCCAAAGUGGACACAUCCACAGACUUCUCCUGUUCCCCGUCUAUCAUAGAAGUUUAGCCCAGCUGCUCCUGAACGUCACAGCCCUGGUGUUCCUCUGUGGCAGCCUGGAGAGAGGUGUGGGCACCGUCCGCUUCCUGUCUGUCUUCCUGUUGCUGUCCACCACCACCGGCCUGUGUUACAGCUUCCUGGAUCUGCUGCUGCAGGACGACAGCAGCCAGACUCACACCCACACAGAGGGCCUGGUCCCUGUGGCCCUGGCCUGUGUGGCUCUGACCACCAUGCACACGAAGGUGACCAAAGGGUUCCUGUGUGGAGUCAGUUUCCCCACCAUAGCUCUCCCCUGGGUGUUCCUCAUCAUUGCCACUGCCCUCGUUCCUCACUGUGUGCUCCCCUGCAAUGUUAUCGCCAUUUUGAUUGGGUGGAUGUACGGGAAAGGAUGGUUCUCUCUUCUGGAUGUGUCAGAGGCCAGGGCUGGUGUUGUGGAGAAGCUGAUGCCGUUCAGGUUGCUGAGGAACAUCUGCGGUGUCCUGUUUGUCCCUGCCUCCAUAGAGGAAAGGAGGAAGACUCUACUUCCACAAAUCAAUCCAACACCAGGCUCCUACCCGGUCCAGGCGUACGCUCCUACAUCAAGCAUUAACUCUGCUGCUACUGUGACAUAUGAAGGCUGGCCCAACUCAAACAGUGCUCUGUCUGGUCCCACACCUCCUCUUCAUUCUCAUGGACAUGGAUCGACACAUAACUUUGGACUCAGUCACAGCCACAGCUGCAACCACAGCCACCACGGUCAUAGCCAUGGUCAGCUUUAGUUAUACAAGAAAAGCCAUAUCUUGCUUUAUUCACCACUCCAAAACCACAAUAAGUGAUAGUGCACCUACUGCAGCUCUUGUCACUGAGUUGUGUGGACUACAAAGUAAAAAAAAAAGGCAACUGACAAGAUAAUCUACCUUCUUGAAUUGUCAAAUGACAUUGAAUGUUUUAAUGUUACAGGUGACACUUGUGCAUACUUUUACAUUUUACAGUCUUGUAUUAUUUGU